AUGCCAACGCACAACUUCUCAAAGAGUUUGAGCCGCUCCAGCCGGGACAAAAAGAAGGACAAGAAGGAGAAACAGAAGGAGUCUCCGCCCAAAGACUCCAUUCCAGGUCCAAGCCCCGAAGCCGUGGCUCUCUUGGAAGGUAAAACGGUUGGAGUUAUCCAGUCUUUUGCGCCAACGAAGAAGUAUGGCUUCAUCAAAAUUGCCGACUGGACACGAAAUCUCUACUUCAAGUCCGAGGAUUUGCACGAAAGUGUGGGAGAUCUUUUUUCUUUGGAGAACAAGAAGGUGAAAUUUCACAUUCAGAAAUGGUACAGUGGAAACGUUGAGGUUUGCCAGGCGAAAAACAUCGAAGUGCUGCCAGUGCCAGUUGGAGGAACAGGUCAGCCUUCUGGGGUCCCGACGGUCCCAGCUGUCCCAGCUGUCCCAGCGCCCGCGGCGAAAGCCGCACCAAGUGUCGGAGGCACCAGCAGCGCUGCGGUUCUUGCUGCUCUCAAGGCGGCGAGGGCCGAAGGCUCUACUUCUGCUGCGGUUCUUGCUGCGUACAUGGCGGCGAAGAGCGAAGCGAAGGGCGAAGGUGAGCCUUCUGGGUCGGCUUCGGCACCGGAGGCGGUGAGUGUGCCAAGUCAAGGCAGCGCUGCAGCAAGUCUGGCACGCAAGGCCAGGUCCGAAGGCUUUACUUCUCCAGAAGCUCUUGCUGCGUUCAUGGCAAAGUCCGAAGGCAAGACUUCCGCAGCGGCUGACGUUCUCAGCGCGUCGGCUUCCGCAGCCGAAGCGUCGAAGUCGGCCGAAGGCUCGAAACGCAAAAUGAUGGAGGAAGAGGACGUGCAGGUCGUUUCGGAGACAGCUCCUUCAGCUUUUUCAGGCUUUCUUCUACCAGCAAGCGGACGACCAUUUCCAGCAACGGUGGAAGGCUUCUGCAGCUUCAUGGUGGAACGUGAGCGCAUUCGCCUGCGGCGUGCAAGAGGCGACCCGUGGCCUUGGACCAGUGAUGUCAUCCUGAAGCAUUUGCGCGUCAGGAAUGUGAAGCGCCAACAUGACCGCAGCAGUGUCUUCAUGCGGCGCUUGGUGAACGCUCAUCCCAUCCGCCUGGAUGUCGUGCAGCAAACAAUGGAAGAGUAUUUGUGGAACCUUUGCUUGUGGCGACGUUUCGGAACACUACAAUUCAUGGACAAGCUUGGCUAUGUUCCCAUAGCUGUCGCUGAGAAGGAGAUGCCUGACCUGGUGAAGGUGGCAAUGGACUUGUGGAGAUCUGGCUUACACGCCUGUACAGAUGCUUAUGGGCCUGCUGUCAGGUGCCACGCCCUGGAACUGGCCGCCUGGCAUCCGAACAAAGACGACCUGGCCAAGACAUGGGCCAUCGACGCGCCUUCGGUCAGAGCCAAGCGGCGGAGGACGGCGGUGACGGAAGAUGGUUUGCAACGCGUGAAGAAGGCCUAUGAGCAGCUGUGGAAUGAGAAGAUCGGCCUGGAACUGCUAACGAAGUGUCGUGCCGUUGUCAAUGCGCUCUUCACAGGAACAGAUCAGCAAGGACAAUUGAAAAACCUGGGUGCUUUGCUGGCUUCGGUACCGAAACAGGGCGGAUCUGAUGGCGUCUAUGCAGCUGAGCUGCUUCAAGACUUCUUCUCCCUGGCUGGGAUGCAAACGUUUCAACGGGGCAACCAACUCGAGCUGGACGCUCCGACGAAGCGAUGUUUGCGGCAGAUGCUGCCCAAUGUGAAGGAGCCUCCGGUUCAGUUGAUGGUCUCCGUCCUCAAUCAAAGCAAGGAGCUGUGGCCCUCUAGUAUUGAAGAGCAGCCAAGUGUACAACUGCUAAUUACAGAUGUGCGCGGCAUGGUGGCCGAAUUCGAUCGCUACUUGAGGGCGGUGGAGGGACGGCCCACGCGGAUGCCUUUCAGGCCCAUGCUCUGA